AUGACAACAACGUUUGAAUUAUUUCUACCAUUGAUAAAGGAGGUUCAAAAAUAUGCGGAUAGAGUUUUAGAAUGUUACGAAAAUGCCGAAUAUAAUAAAAGAGUUUGCGGUGUAUUACUUAAACGUGUAUAUAGUGUUGCAGGCGAAGUGAAAGUUUUACGUCAUCUAAACAGUAAUUACAGUUGGUUCUUUGAAAAUAGCGAGAAUUAUCCGAUUUUUCAAGGAUUUGUUAAAGUAAUUGGAAAAAUCCAAAAUUUUGUCAUUGAUAUUUCGCAGUUGCAAGGUGUUGGUAAAUACUUUAAUGAAUAUCGAGGCCCCGAAUUUUCGAUGGAAAGAACAUUUUAUAGUCUUAUUGGAGAAUUCGAAAAGUCCACAGAAGCACUUACUCAUGCGUUAAAAGGUCAUCUCUAUUUUGGAAGACCGAAAACAGAUCAAAACAUCGAAGAUAAAGAAGCUAUAGAUCAGGAUAUUCGGGAUAUGGAAAAUUAUAUUGGAAGUAUUGCUGGUGGUAUUGCAGAUGGACAAAACAUUUUAGAAGAAGUAGGGACUGUCGCUACUCUGAACAAGACUUUUCAGAGAAAAGAACAUAUCGUUCUUUUUGAUGAAGUACUCGACGACGCAGUUCUUAAGAUUGAAAACUUUCAAUAUACCGACGUAAGAUACAACGAAGCACUCAAGUAUGUAAGAUAUGAUAAUGUCGAAGUUGCAUUCAAAGAGGUUGAAGUCGAUAAAGAGACUAAAGAUAAUAUUAAAAAAGAAGUCACAAUCCUUAAAAAAUUAAAAGGAGCAGAGAAUAUAAUUGUGUUUCACGGAGUUAUAAUUGAGCCGAAUAAAGUUUUUCUGGUAACCGAAUGGGCUACCGAAUCAAGUUUGAAAGAUUUCUAUCAACGUAGGAGAUUGGAUUGGAGUCUACAAAUACAAUUCGCUUUAGAUAUCUCUAGAGGAUUGACUUAUUUAAAAAGCGCCGAAAUCCUACAUCACGAUAUUCGCAGUCAAAAUAUUUUUAUUACAAAAGGCAAUCCGCAGUAUACAGCAAAAAUCGGCAAUUUCGGUUUAAGUCGUGGUUUAAGAGAUGCUACCAGAAAUAUUCGUGAAGGUGUCGAUAAUGUUCGAUACAUGGCGCCAGAGAAACUUAAGGAGAAUAAACAUCCAUAUGAUUUUAAGUGUGAGAUAUAUAGUUUUGGAGUGCUUCUCUGGGAAAUAGCUGAACAAAGGGUUCCAUUUCAGAAUAUCGAAAAUGACAUUGUAGGAAUUCGUCAGAGGGUUAUUGAUAAUAAACGAGAACAAUUUUCUUUACCAUUACAAGUUCCAAAUAAAUGGGCAGAGAUUGUUUAUAAAACUACAAACUUUAAUCCUAUGAAUCGCCCAACUCUUACGACUAUAUUUACGGAACUAUUUGAUCUUUCCAAAACACAUCUUCCAGCUACUCAGCACCCUAUUAUGUUUCAAAAUGUUUUUUAUCCAUCAAAUCCAAGACCCUUCUAUACUGUUCAAGAUGCCAUUAAUCUUCAUAAAAUCAAAGGUGGCGAUCGUAAAGAAGCAUAUAAAAUAUUUUGCAACUAUGCUGAUGUGGGCGAUUCCACGGCGAAAUAUUGGGUCGGAUACUACUUAUAUUAUAAUUGCUUAGAUAACAAAGAAACUUACGAGCAACGCCAAAACACAAUAGUACGAGCUGCACAAUAUUUUAAAGAAACAGCUGAUAUGGAUGUGCCUGAGGCUCAACUUCGAUAUGGCCAUUGUCUAUGGAAAGGCGAAGGUAUCGAAAAAAAUGGAUCAUUGGCCGUGGAAUAUUUUUUGAAAUCUGCACAUAAUGGAAACUCAACAGCUAUGUAUAACGUUGGGAACAUGUAUUUCAAUGGAAAUGGAGUAAUUCAAGAUAAGGAAAAAGGUGCAUACUUUCUCAAGAGGGCAGCAUUAAUGGGUCAACCGAAAGCUAUCGAGAUAUGCAAAAAAAAUUUUAUUCGACUUUAA